AUGGCUGCUCUCUCGCCGUCCGGUCCUCGUGGAAAGGGGGGUCUGAACCUUCCCUCAAUCUCCGCAAAUUUCCAUCCUUCCCCACGUUCUACAACUCCAUCUCGUAACCCUAACUCGCCUUCGAGUGAUGUUGCUGGACGUCCGAUCUUGGAGGACAGCAGCAGCCGAAUUCUGGCCAUAGGGGGCUGCCCGCUCUCCGUCCCACGUCCGCUCUCCGCCCCACGUCCCCCUGCAGCGAAUCUUCCAACAAACCACAGUAGCACGGCGGUGAAUCUUGAGCAACCGCCACAAGUCUCCGCAGUUGAGAGGUCCUAUGCAGAUGCUGCCCUCAACAGAAAGGUCAAACGACCACAUCUUCCGGCUCACAAAUUUAAUGCCCUACGCCCCACGAAGGAAGGUAAUCAGUUUUCCUUGAAAAUCCCUCAGGAGAUGUAUCUAAAAGAGGUUGAGAACUUCAAAUUUGCUCUUAUUGGUCGUCUUCUGUCACACAAAGGAGAUAAGCCUAGGUUUACGUUGGAGUUGAAAACCGAAUUACAGCAUAUGUGGAACAUCUCUAACGAAUGGCAAUUAAUACCGCUUGGGAAGGGGUACUUUACUUUGCGUUUUUCUAAUGCGGAGGACAAUGCUUUAGCCAAAGGACAACUCCUAUGGGAAUUGGCUAAAGGUCAGCUACGUAUUCGCGAAUGGAUGAAAUGCUUUGAUCCGUUCAAAGUAAAUUCUCCAUUAGCUAACGUUUGGGUUCGCAUACAUUAUCUCCCGAUUGACUUCUGGAAUCCGGAAAUAAUUUCUGGUAUCGGCAGAUUUUUAGGGCAUCCGUUAACGAUUGAUGGUGCCUCGGCUGCUCGGGAUUUCGGACAAUACGUGAGGAUAUUGAUUGAAAUCGACAUGUCGCAACCUCUUCCGAAAACCCUUCUCAUUGACGGAGAGACAGUUUCUUUUCACGUGGAAUUUGUUUUUGAAAACUUACCUCUCUAUUGUUCUCGUUGCCGAAUCACGGGACAUACGCCAACGAUGUGUCGUAAGCUUCAACAGAAUGGGCAAUUUGCUUUGGUUGGAAGAAAGCUCACUAUGGAUAAGGGGGGAGUUAAGCAACAGCUUCCUGUUGUAAAUGGAUGA